AUGCGUGUCUGGAAAGUUGAAGAAAUCCCAAUGGCUCUUUAUUUCUCUUCUUACAUUCUGGUCUUAGCACUCGCGGUGCCGGCUUCCGCGUCCAGCUUGAACACUGCUGGUCCUAGUUCGUGGAGCCACCCGAGCCCAUCGCACUUACCGUGGGCAUGGAACCAGACGGCUCAGACAACCGGAUUGGUGAACUCAACGUAUACUGGUAGUCCCAGAGCAACUCCAACAGUUAAUGUAGGCGGUGGAGGGGAGCUUGCAUUUUAUCCUUCUUCCCUAAAUGCGUCGGUGGGCAGCACCAUCGUGUUUAACUUCCUUGCUUUGAACCAUACAUUGACUCAAAGCAACUUGUCAACUCCAUGUCAGUACAAUGGAGGUUUCGACUCUGGGUACAGGAAUUUCAACCCUGCAAAUUUAAGCGGGAAAUUUGUCAUUGAGUACGAGGUUCACAGGGAAGGCCCGCAGUGGUUCUUUUGCUCCCAAAGUUCCAAGACAUCACACUGUCACGCAGGCAUGGUUUUUAGCCUGAAUCCCGAUGGAGCGCAUCCCAAAUUCUUCGAGAACGCUCGUUCGACAAUCACCGCAGAGACUCAACCCACACUUGCCUGCCAGCAGCCGGCAUCGGGUUUCUCUCAGAACAGGACUGUUCUAGCACCAACAACUGGAACGAUCUCGGCUAGUGUUAGGUCAAGCUCUAUCGCUUUAUCUCCACCUAUUUCAAACGGUGGAGACGGAAGAUCUAUAACAGACAAGAAAUUUGUAAUAGGUGUAAGCUUACUUGCAGGUUUUUAUGUAGUGUUCUUGUAA